AUGAGCGAGCAUUUGGAUUAUAAUGAUGCCAAUAAUGGCAGUAUCAGCGAUAGCAACAGUGAUAAUGACAGGGAUAACAAUGACGAUAAUAUUAGAUGCUUUAUAUGUCUGUGUAACAAAGGAGAAAGAGCACCUUACUGCUCAAAACGGGAAUCUGAUGAUUUUAUCAAGCCAUGCAAAUGUUCUUUCGUGGCACAUAGAAAGUGUUUUCUAUCAUGGGUAUCCAGUAUUACCAUUCCCAAAGUUAUAGGCCCGGAUCCAGAUAGAUCAAGUUUUGGUAUCCCCAUACCAUUUGCAAGAAGCACAAAUCCCCAGGCGCUGACAUUUCAUUGCAGUAUAUUCGAAUUACUGACUGGAACCUUCUCUCUUUCUUCUGAUAAAAUGUGUGUCUUAGUUGACUGCCCACAAUGCAGAAGAAGGAUUUGCCUUUCUACAAAAAAUAACUGGUUACUCAAUAUUCGGCGGUUUUGCGAACAAGUUAUCGACAGCCUUGGUUCUGCUGCACUUUUAUCUGGGACAAUAUCUACAGCAUGCUUAUCUAUUAUUGCAUCUGCAAUGUUUACCCUGGGAUCCUUGGGACAAGACACUCUCAAUGUACUUGCAAAACCAAGUGUUCAGUUAGGAAUAUAUGGAGUACGAAGAUUCCCGUCACUGAGUAUUUCUGAUGCUCUUGAUAAUGAUUUAAUCUCAUCGCAGAGGUAUGCUUCUAUUACUUGUGGCAUACCUCUCUACACAUUAUAUUUAACAUCAUCAUUUCCAUUUGGUUACCAGGCCGAUUUCCUCUUUUCAGUAUUGGCAUACUCUUUAUUUAGUGAUCCAGAUGGUGUUCCUGAUACCGUUCCCCGGCGUAUUAUGAGAAACUUAACUAUUGCAAGAGCGUUGGCGAAGGCAGUCUAUAAUAUUUCCUUGAACAAAAUAUAUUAUUACUGGCACAAAACGAUUCAGCCAUGCUUUUUCACUGAUAAGCUUUCACAAGAAGAUCUUAUACGCAUAGAGGAAGAUAUUGAAGAGGAUAAUGAGCAAACAAGCAGGGAUGAGGUUGCAGCAACAAAGGAUAGCAGAUAUCCAUUUUUAUUUAGAAUUUUGAGGAAAACGUUUAGAUACUUCACGAAAUCCCUAAAAACGUGGUGGAGAGAAUUGUUUAUAUGUUCCAAGGUUGAUUUUUCCGUCAUGUUUGGCUCCUCCUCUAUGUACAGGAAAGUGUUGGUAUCUUUGUGCCUCCCCCGUGUCGGAAAGUACAUUUCGGACAAUCUAUUAGUUAGUAUUCCUGGGAUGAAUACAUUUUUAAACAGAUUCACCGAUACUCCGGAUGAGAAUCUGUUCUUAAGGAAUAUCCUUGGUUGUGCUACCGCUAGUCUUAUAAGUACUGUGUUGUCUUUUGCUUUGAACUACUUUAGAUAUCGACAGUUACGCCACAUUGAUGUUGAUGACUCUUCUACAGACUACCUAAAAUAUGUUAAUAAGGUAUACGGUGAAGACGGAACUCAGCAAUGA